AUGGGUUCACUUAAGAUUGAUUUAGAAGUGGCUAGAGAUACGUUUGUUUCUUAUGUAGUUACUGGGGAUAAGCCAUUCAAUAUGGUUGAUGAUAGGAGAUUUAGAAAUUGGGUGAAAUAUAUAAGUCCAACUUUGAAACUUCCUACUAGGAAUACGGUUAAGUCUGACAUAGUGAAAGUUCACAAGAGAGAAGCUGUGAAACUUAAAAAAAUUUUAGUUUCCAUUGCAAAUAGAAUUUGCCUAACAUCUGAUCUUUGGACAUCCAGUACCAAUGAGGGGUAUAUAUGUUUGACUGCACAUUUUGUUGAUGAGAACUGGAAAUUACAGAAUAAUGCUUCUUCUAAUGAUACUUGUGUUGAUCACUUGAAAAGUACUUUGGAUGUGCAUGGUUCAUUGUUGUGUGGUGGUGAAUUCUUUCAUGUUCGUUGCUCUGCUCAUAUUUUAAAUCUUAUUGUCCAAGAUGGAAUGAAAAUAUAUGAUAUUGAGGGACUUGAGUAUACAACUACAUUAUGUUUAGAUGUUCCUACUAAGUGGAAUUCACUUUAUACAAUGCUUGCAAGUGCUAUUCCAUAUAAGAAAAUUUUUGAAAUGUAUAAAGUAAAAGAAGAUGAAUUUAGGGAUAGUUGCCCUUCAUCAAAUGAGUGGAAAAGAACUGAAAAGAUAUGUGGUUUCUUGUUACCAUUUUACGAAACUACCAAGUUGAUGUCUGGAACUUCUUACCCAACAUCCAACUUGUAUAUUUUACAAGUUUGGCAAAUUCAGCUUAUUUUGAUGAAUAGUUUGAAGAAUGAUGAAGUGCUUAUAAGGCACAUGGGAGAACAAAUGAUGAUCAAGUUCAAGAAAUAUUGGGAUGAAUAUAGUGUUGGUCUUGCAUUUGGGACAGUUCUUGAUCCUAGAUUUAAACUCAACACUUUGGCUCAUUGCUAUAAUGAGAUUGAUCCUAUUAGUACUAAAGACAAAGUGGAGCAUGUGAAGAUUUUGAACACCCCUAGGCGUGACUCGAUUCAUAGUGUGAAAGCAGUACCUUUGAUUGUGCAUCAAAGUCUUCUCCUUUGGAUUGAUAAAAGAAAGACUGAAGUGAUUAGUGUUGAUGAUAGCCUUUAUGUUGAGCAAAUGCAUGUUAACUUCAAGGUUUAUAAUUACCAGUUAAAGCCUCUUGAUGUCGACAGGAACCUCAAUCUCUACAAUUGCGAAGGAUAUUUUCUAACUACUGAGGGGCUCAAUGUAAAGCUCAGUGGUUCUUCUGAUCCAGUUGAACCUAUUAGGAUUUUAAAUUCUGCAACAUGUAUUUCACUUUCUAGUUCAAAUUUAGCUGAUGAAGUUGAUCCAGAACCUGUCGGGACUAGUGGCAUCCCUUGGAGCCACUACAAAUCAAAGAAGUUAGUUUCAAAUUGGGUCUGA